CACGCUGUCCAGGGCCGUCUUUAGCGGUCUGCUGGCCUAAUUUCCAGGCCUCCUUCAGGAGUCGUUAACGCUUAAACCCCCUAAACGGACGGUUCUCGUGUUAGUGAGCCCAGCUCGGUUCAAAUUCAACAACCUCUCUUCUCUCGACUGGUCUGGCUCCUCUUUUCCUCAUGCACAUCCUCUUGCCGACUCUUCAACGCCGCCACAACCAUCCCAACACGGAUCAAGACCUCUCUGGUAAGUCCCAUCGCCUGUGUUAUUAUGCGCGAUCCCCAUCGAGACCCAAUCUCGAGGCCCCGAUUCUCCCCUCUUCCAUCCUGAGUCCCCAAGUUCAUGUCCUCUCUGCUUCAUCCGUCGUCCCCGUCCCAAGAAGCGCCAGACCUGCCCCGACCCUCAACCUACCCAUUCUCUACUCGAGGGAUCUUCUUCAUCAUCUACUCAGCGCUUCCUCGGGCCAUCUAGCUGUUUCUCAGUUGCUAACAGGGUUCGAAAUAAACAGCAUAUCGAUCUCUUCACCGUCGCUGUCGUUCUAACGAAAACCCUCCACCGUUCAUCGUCGUCAUACGCACCGCAAGUCCAGAGCCCUGAGACCACACAGACACACACAACACUCGGCGCUUACCGCCUACGGCGUGGAUGUUGAUUAUCCCUUGAUCAUUCAUCUAUAUUUCGACAUCGCUUUUACAUAUUUUGUCUUGUGUGCUUUUCUGGUCA